AUGGCCUGCCAGAAUGCAGCAGCGUCAGCAAAGAGAUUUCUGGGCAUCUUGGUGGUGAUGUUGCUGAGCGAUGGUGCUGUCACUCGGCUAGUUGCAGCGAGUGCCGCAAAUCCUGCUGCCUGUGUCGCGGCCGAUGCAGCCUUGGCUUUCGUCAAAGCUUCCCCGGUCGUGGUGGGGGCACAGCAGAAGGACAAAUGGCUGGCCAUGUUCGCCGAGAACGGGCUCAUCCAAGACCCAUUCGGAGCGAUACACCAGCAAGGCCGUCAACAGCAGUCUGAUUUCUGGGAUACUUUCAUCUCAGGAAUCAACAUCACAUUUGCCCCGCACUAUGACAUCGUCACUUGCACCAGUGUCGUGCGCAUUGUCAACAUCUCUGCCAUCACUCCAAACGGCUGCCCUACUAACAUGCGUACCAUCAUCGUGUACGACUUGAUACCUCCGCCUGCAGAGGCGCAUGCCAAGCUUCCUUCAGCUGCCAAGCUGCAGCUAGCCAGCUUGACGGCGCUCUGGUCUCUGCAGGAACGCUCGGCUCAGCUCUUCAGACACACAUGUGCCUGGAAGGCCACAGCUCAGAUGAGCAUCCGAAUGCUCAAGUUCCUUGGUCCGACAGGAGCAGGCCGCUACGCCAGCGGGUUCUUCAGCAUCGGAAAGGAAGGGCAGUCUGCAGCUGCGGCAGCAUUAGCUGAUCUAGCUGGCGAAGAUGGGGUGCGAGCCUUCUCCAGGCACUUCUCUGAAUCAGGCUCGCUGACCUUGCACCAGCCUGGAUCUGCUAGGACCUUUGUGUCUCCGACGGCCAUCGUUGCUGGCUUGGGAGAUUGGGGAUGCAAGCUGGUGGCGCCACCCAACUCAACAGUGCCAACAGCUAGACGAGUUAGUGCCGAGGUCGGCUUUGCCUGUGGCAGUUCAAAACAUGCACCAGGCUUGGCCGUCAUCGACUUCGCGGCGGACUCUCUGUCGCUUGUGGCUGCAGCCUUCUACGUGGGGACGCCCACAGGACCCGUGCUGAGCCCCAAAAGGGAGCAGGCGGUCAUAUAG